UAAAGGAUCUCUCUCUCUCGCUACCUCCAGCACACACACUCACGCCCGCGUGCACGCACGCUCUGCGUACGUCUCCACUUUGCUGUAGUAAAUUACGGCAUUGAUCUUAACGGCGAGUGCGGAUCUGUCUCUUGUGUUCGCCCUUUCUUCGACGGACCGGCUUGGAGAAACGCUCGACAGAGAAGUAACUCCUCUCACCCUGCGUGUGUCUGUGAGGACUCCUGGACAUGUCCGUUUAGCCCCCCUGCGUGAUGCCUGAUCAUGACAGCACCACCCUCCUAACCAGACAGACCAAGCGCCGACGUGUCGACAUUGGGGUGAAAAGGACUGUGGGUAGCGGGAUAUUCAGCCGCGCCAGGGAGACCCUUCUCGACAGCAUGAAUCAAUCGCACGGCAUCGAUCAGGACGGAGACUGCUCAUUGGCCAGUCAUGGCCAUGGGGGUACAGACGGAGAAAAGUCGAAUGUUUUGAGGAAGUUGCUGAAGAGGGCCAACUCGUACGAAGAUGCCAUAAUGCCUUUCCCCGGCGCUACUAUCAUCUCUCAGCUACUGAAAAAUAACAUGGGAAAGAAUGGAGGCAGUGACUCAGGCUUCCAGGUAUACGCAAAUAUACAGGGGAGUGGAGCUCUGUCCAGUGGAGGCUCAGAGAUUCAGGCCGAGGACGCCUGCAGCAACUCAUCCCGUGACAGGGACAGCCCCUCUGACUGCCUCUCUCCUGGGCCUCCUCUUCCACCUCCACCUUCCUCAUCCUCUUUCGGGCGGCCACCACCUCCUUCGAACCAUAACCCCCACAUUCCACCUCAGCCCCUCUCCCUCUCCUCCUUUGACUUGGACAGGCUUUCAGAUGAGCACCUUCGUGCCAAGCGUGCCCGCGUGGAAAACAUCAUCCGCGGCAUGAGUCAUUCACCACUGGUCCGGCCCAACGCCGGUGACCACAACCAAGAAAGCAACCGCGAUAACGAGAACAGCAGCAACAGCAGUAAUGACCACAGAGUAGACGGCAACAGCCACGGUAUCAGCAGCCAUGACCACAGGCGGAGCGAUGGCCCUUCUUCCCUUCUGAGCUCUCCGGGUUCGCGGGGCGGCGUGGUUGGCGUUGGUGAGGUUUACAGGGAGAAUAAGAGGAAGCAGCGCCUGCCACAGCAGCAACACAGCUUCACCCAGCUGGUGUGUUCCAGGCAGGAACAGAGACAAGAAGAGCGGCGGCAGCUCAAACUGCAACUGGAGGACAUGCAGAAACAGCUGCGUCAACUUCAGGAAAAGUUUUACCAGAUCUACGACUCAGAGACAGAAGAAGAGGAAGAGAACGGUGAGAGCGCAGAGGCUGACCGAGGUAGAGAAAGAGAGGAGGAUGGCAACUUGUCAGAGGACAGUAUCCGCUCUGAUGGCUUGGAGGAGAGGCAUAGAGACAGAGGGCGGCAUAGCCACAACGACCUGUCUGACCUGGACCCAGGCCUGUUCCUGGACCGGGCCCGAGCACUCCUCCGAGAACAGGCCCUGAUAGAUGGAGAAAUGGAGGAGGAUGUGGAUGGCAGGGAGGAGGAGGGGAGGAAUGGAGAAAGAGUGACGAAGAGAAGAGGUGGAGCAGCAGGAGGAGGGGGAGGAGGAGGAAGGCAGUUAGCAGAGACACUGAAGCAGGAGCUGAACUGUGCCGUGUCGCAGGUCGUCGACACCGUUGUCAAAGGCUUCUCCUCACCCAAGCAGGCCAUCAGUCACCAUCACAGCUGUCACAGCAGCACACCGGCUGCACCCUCAUCUUCCUCUAAUUCGUCCUCUUCAUGUCCUCCGCCUUUUGGUCCCCUUCCCUCCCUCACCCCAGAGUCACGCUUUGGUGGUGGCGCUCUGGCCCUCAGUCUGAACGGCGACGGCAGUCCCACACCUAACUACCACUCAUCCAACCAGAGGCUGCACUGCUUUGGCGAUGUAAUCGUCCCAAGCCCGCUGGAUUCCUUCGGUGGUUUGAGUGGCAGACUGAGUGGUGUGCCAACUCCCAACGACCAGACAGAGGCGCUGCCUCUGGUGGUGCGCAAGAGCAGUGGAGGAGGUGGAGGAGAGAACAACAACCUCUCUUCCUCUCUUCCUCCUCCUCCUCCUCACCAUCCCUCCCUCCACCCCUCUCCCCUCACAGCUUCACUUGGGUUUAGCCCUCCAUCCUUUCGCCACCCAUUUCCUCUUCCCCUUAUGGGUUACACCUUUCAGAACCCCCUGGGGUCACACGGGGUUGGAGCUGGCUACCCUCCAGGGCCGAAAGACCACCACCGGUCCUCCCCCGAUUCCAUGGACAUGACCCGGGAAACUGUCAGCCUCAGAACCAAAAUGGCAUCUCUUGGAGGAGGCCAUCUCAGUCACCACCACCACCACCACCACCACAGGCAGAGCUCACCAAGCCAACAUGGACCGGAGGGUCUCUCCCUGUCCCUAAUCAAGUCUGAGUGUGGGGACCUGCAAGACAUGUCCGACAUUUCGCCCUACUCCAGCAGCACUAUUCAGGAGGGCUUGUCUCCCAACCACCUGAAGAAGGCCAAGCUGAUGUUCUUCUAUACACGCUACCCUUCCUCCAACAUGCUCAAAAUGUUCUUCUCCGACGUGAAGUUCAAUCGAUGCAUAACCUCCCAGCUGAUCAAGUGGUUCAGCAACUUCAGGGAGUUCUACUACAUCCAGAUGGAGAAGUUCGCCCGGCAGUCCAUCAACGAGGGUGUGACCGCCGCAGAGGAGCUGGUGGUCGGCCGCGAUGCCGAGCUCUUCAGGGCGCUCAACAUGCACUACAACAAGGCCAACGACUUUGAGGUUCCUGAGCGAUUUCUGGAGGUGGCCCAGGUGACUCUUCGCGAGUUCUUCAAUGCCAUCGUGGCAGGAAAGGAUGCAGACCCAUCCUGGAAGAAGGCCAUCUACAAGGUGAUCUGCAAACUGGACAGCGAGGUUCCUGAGGUCUUCAAAUCCCCCAACUGUCUACAAGAACUCCUCCACGACUGACUAGGACGAGAGAGGAAACUUGGCAAGCAAGACAAACCUCCAAGGACCGUGAGAAGGCCAUAAGAAAACGCAGAAUUAGACUAGGUUGAGGUCUUUAGUGAAAUGCGUUUGGAGGUCUUCAUAACACGAUGUAGAGACUUGAAGUGAUUCUACUUGGAGGCUUCCAGAGAGCUUUGUUGGUGGAUGCUUUUGCUCAGCCCUUCUUUCAAAGACAAAACUGCCCUUAAAAUGUUUUAUAAAGAAAAAAAAUAUUCCUCUUCCAUGGGGGAGAGGGCUCGGACUCAUGAGUCAGAUGACACUCAAAUUAGCUAAUUAUGUUGAGACUUUUAACAAUUAGAAGCAAAACGGUGAAAAUUGAACCUCCUUGCACUUACAGAAAAAGUACUUCUUGACGAAAACCCCCUCUCCUCUUUCUCCUCCACCUCGUCCACUAUUCAUCCUUCUCUGGAGGAACAAUGGGAUGAGGAAGAUGAUGGAUCAAUAUUCAGCCCAUACCUUGGGGAGUGAACUAAAAAUAAAGAAGAUAAUAUAUAAAAAUC